UAUGCAUAAUAAUAUUAUGCUUCUUAUGCUGAUUUUUAUGAAUGUGUUGAUUGGUUGUCAAUCAAUGAACAGUUCAUCAGUUCCAGCUCACAUUUUGCCGGGUGUAGUCUUAGUUUCAAGAUCGGGAUCCUUCAUUCGAAUCGGUCCAGAUGGUCAAGUCAACGGCACGUUACACUGCAACGAUGAUUAUGCUCGUUUAGAAAUUCAAGCCGUCGCUCCCGGAUUAGUUUACAUCAAAGGAAUUCAGAGCGGACUAAUGUUGGCGAUGGCUGGCAAACGAAACGUCUUGGCUAGAAAAAAUAUCUUGCCAGCAAUACUUCAUCCAGACAACAGAGACAUCCUGUGGCGUGAAGAAGCUCUGCUUGGAACAUGCUUCAAGACAUACAAAUCGUUUCUUGAAAAGAAUGAUUUAAAAAGGCUCAGCAGGUACCUUGCCUUGAAUGCAAGUGGAAGACCAGCGGUCUCAACAUCAAAAUAUGUAUCUAGGUCUCACUUUCUAAAAAUGAACUAGGCCGAUUUAAUUUAUUCAAAUAGUAAACAUACUGUAUACGAUUAUCAUGGCCCCUUUCAGUAUUGUGUGCCUUUCCGUAAAAUCGCUACAGUGCCCCAAACGUUUUCACUGCAAUUGACCUUUUUUAAGUGUCAAUAAAACUAGGCCUAUUGGCCAAUCAGAACAAGCGUGCCCGGCGCCCACACA